CUCACAUCACAGACGCCAAAAUGGCUGCUUUCUAGUGUAUGUGUGAUACUCUUUGAAGAUCAUUGUUUUAUUUUUCGGAGAGAAUUUGUCAUCCUAUUCUCUUAUUUAUUAAGAUAUAAAAGAGAAAUAUUUACAUAUUAAUUAGCCAUGGCGGAUGUUUUGGACAUUGAUAACGCGGAGGAGUUUGAAGUCGAUGAUGAAGGAGAUCAGGGUAUUGCUCGUCUUAAGGAGAAGGCAAAGAGAAGAAAAGGCAGAGGUCAUGGUGCGGAAUUAGUAUCAACAAGAGAUGACGUUGGUCAUUAUGAAUCCAUGAAUGUAGUUGAAGAAGAUGAUAAUGAGCCUGGUCCUCAAAGAUCUGUGGAAGGAUGGAUUUUGUUCAUAAAUUCAGUACAUGAAGAGGCACAGGAGGAUGAUAUUCAGGAUAAAUUCUCUGAAUUUGGCCAGAUAAAAAACUUGCACUUAAAUUUGGACAGAAGGACAGGAUUUCUGAAGGGUUAUGCACUGGUAGAAUAUGAAACAUUUAAGGAAGCACAAGCUGCAAAAGAAGCUCUAAAUGGUACAGAAAUCUUAGGUCAGGCUAUUUCUGUCGAUUGGUGCUUCGUAAAAGGACCAAAGAAGAUCAGGAAAAGAAGUCAUAGGAGGCGAUAAGCAUAGAACAAAUAAACUAUAAUGUAUCGUAUAUAUGAAAACAUUAAAGAUUUCGUACAGAUAUUUUAA